AUGGGGACCGACGCAGUCCUGUCGGGAGCGUCACAGCGGGCGGACGCUCACCACCGACGCUUCUCUCGCUCGCCUCGCCUCGCCUCGCUCAUUCUCUCUCCUUCCCUUACCCCCCUUCAGCUCUCUCUCAAGCCCACCACCAUCUCUCUCGUCAUCUCCAUCCCGCAGCAACACAGAGCCGAGCCGCGCGAGACGGAGACCAUCAGCCUCACCCUGUCGGUCGCUCGGGAUACGUGUGUACCCCUGUUCCGCCUGUCAAACGCGCAAUCCCUCGCCCUCGUGCGCGCACUUCUCCAUUUCCGUUACGAAAUUCUCCCCGUUUCUUCCCAUUCUUUCUCACCUUUCUUCCUCUUUCACUCUUUAGUCUCUUUCUCGAUUAGGUUCCUCAUUUUCUUCUUCUUCUUCUUCUUCUUCUUCUUCUUCGAUCCUGCCUCAGUGAUAAUAUAUAUAUAUAUAUUUAUAUGUAUAUACGUAUAUAGAUAUAUUUCGAUUUUCUUUCCGAUAUCUCUUUGAUUUCAUUUCCACCAUUCUCACUUGUGAUUACGAGGCGAAGGAGCCGAAAUGCGCGCUCGAAACCGCUUCCGCGACCCCGCACGGAGGACCUGGAUUCGUCUCAUGAAGCGUCUACCACGAACUGAGUGGCCGCGAUCCGGAUAUCGUCGAUCACUGCCUUGGUGCGCGAUAGAGAGGACGGGCCAUCCCCUCCGAUAGGGUGAUCCAAAGAGGAAAGAAAAAUUCCAGAGACAACGCGCCACGUUCGCGUGUGAAUCUUCGUGGACGAUCGCGUCGACCCGUUCGACGAUACGAUGCCAGCACCGCUCGAUAAAAUUGUAAAAUAUUAAUCGAGGCGGAACGAAGGGAGCAGCAUUGGCAUUGGGAGGAAGAUAAGGAAGCGGAGGAGGAAAGGAGGAACACGAAUAAAUCGAUAUCGCUGCGAGCGUGGAGAGGGAGAGGAAGCUCGAUGAAAGUUGAUAGGGACGGAAGCGAUCGAAAGCGGAAGAGGGUGGAAAGUUGCCGAGGGGGGUGCAGAAAUUUUCGAAGCGGCUCGUGAGAGAAGAGAUGCGAGUUGGUGGAAUCAUUGGAGAUCGGAGGGGAGGGGGGAUGCGACGAUAAUCGAGUCGCGGGCCCUCGCGAUUUGGGCCGUGUGCGGUUUAGCCCCUCGAACGAUGCACGUAUCGUUGGUGAUUUCUGACGGACGAUCAGGAAGAACGGGAGAAGCCGCGAUGCAGAGAUCGAUGGGACGCGGUACGUUCAGUGAAGUGCAUCAUUGCGAUAAAGAAACAGAGUUGCCGCGCGCAAGUGCCAGCUGCUGCUGCUGCUGCUGCUACAUCCGGGCCUCGACGGAUCUGACUUGAGGAGGAAAGGACGAGUAAAUGUCACUGAGAAGCUACGGAAGCCAGUGUCGACACUCUCGAUCCCGGGGGCGAUGAAGAACAGCGGCGGCGUGGGCGGCGGGGGCGGCGUGGGGGGCGCCGGGGGUGGCGGCGGUGCUGGUUGCGGUAGCGGCGGCGCAACCGGAACCGGCGAGGAGGCCGGUAUCGCCCUUGUCGGCAUCCACUCGGAGUACCCGCGCUACGUGGACGAGCGUGUCCUGGCCGGGGGCGGGCAGGUGAAGGGCCCCUCGGGCAGCAUCGGGCCGGGCUCGAAGCACAAACCGAACGUCGGCUACCGGCUCGGCAGGCGGAAGGCCCUUUUCGAGAAGCGGAAACGCAUCAGCGACUACGCCCUCGUCAUGGGGAUGUUCGGAAUCAUCGUGAUGGUCAUCGAGAACGAACUGUCCAGCGCCGGUGUCUACACCAAGGCCUCGUUUUACUCGACAGCACUGAAAACCCUGAUCUCUGUGUCUACUGUGAUACUGCUUGGCCUCAUAUUUGCUUACCAUGCCUUAGAAGUUCAGUUGUUCAUGAUCGAUAACUGCGCGGACGAUUGGCGGAUCGCGAUGACCUGGCAGAGGAUCGCGCAGAUUUCGCUCGAGUUGUUAAUCUGUGCGAUCCACCCGAUCCCAGGGGAGUAUUACUUCCUGUGGACGACCAAGCUGGCGAACAAGGGCGGUGACUUCGGCUCGACGUGGGUGCCGUACGACGUCACCCUCUCGCUGCCGAUGUUCUUCAGACUCUACCUCAUCUGUCGCGUUAUGCUGCUCCACUCGAAGCUGUUCACCGACGCGUCGUCGCGCAGCAUAGGGGCCUUGAAUCGUAUUAACUUCAACACCAGAUUCGUCCUUAAGACACUGAUGACCAUCUGCCCGGGCACCGUGUUGCUAGUCUUCAUGGUCUCGUUAUGGAUCAUCGCCUCGUGGACGUUACGCCAGUGCGAGAGGUUUCACGACGAGGAGCAUGCGAAUCUCCUUAAUGCUAUGUGGCUCAUUGCUAUCACGUUUCUGAGCGUCGGUUUCGGUGACAUCGUGCCCAACACGUAUUGCGGUCGAGGUAUAGCCGUUUCCACUGGAAUAAUGGGCGCCGGAUGCACGGCCUUGCUUGUGGCGGUUGUUUCCCGGAAGCUCGAACUCACCAGGGCGGAGAAGCACGUUCACAACUUUAUGAUGGAUACGCAAUUAACGAAAAGGUUGAAGAACGCUGCAGCGAACGUGUUACGCGAGACGUGGCUAAUUUACAAGCACACUCGGCUGGUGAAGCGUGUCAAUCCGGGACGUGUUCGAACGCAUCAGCGGAAAUUUCUAUUGGCUAUAUACGCGCUGAGGAAAGUCAAAAUGGAUCAGCGAAAAUUAAUGGACAAUGCCAACACCAUCACGGAUAUGGCCAAGACGCAGAACACGGUGUACGAGAUCGUGUCAGACAUGAGCACGCGUCAGGACGCACUGGAGGAACGUCUGGGGGGCAUGGAGGAUCGGCUGAUGAACUUGGAAGAGAAACUGACCGGGCUGCAGGCUCAGCUCGAGCUGCUGCCCGAGGAGUUGACCAGGUGUCUGGCCCAACACGCCGAGCGUAUGGAGCAGAGGCGGAACUUCCUUCACCCCGACACCGCUGUCGCGAUGUCGUCGACGGGCGGCGGCGGCGGCGGUGGUGGCGGUGGCGGUGCAUCAACCGGGAACAGCCUGACGAUGGGCAUCUCCGUUUCCGCCCAUCACCCUCUGGCCAAUUUGUCGAACUCGCUGCCACACUCGAGGAGCGUGCCAAGCGCGCCCAGCACCACGUCCCUUCACCCUUGGCCGGCCAAUUCGAUCCUGCCGCCAGUCUCGAGUCGUACGCCGCACUUGGUGCCCGAAACCGGAAGGCAUCACAGUCUGGCACAUUCCACGGUGGCCACGACCACGACCUCGCAGUCGGCCACCAGGCUCACCUCGCAAUCUGGAAUGGGAGGGCUGGGCAACAGUCAGGGGUCGGACACAUCUCCACACAGCUGAGUCUCGUCUUUGCAGCCGCAGCACUCGUAUUAAAAAGGGGCACGGGACACGUGAACGGUUGUGUCUCUGUGCCCUGAACGACGCUCGCGUACCAUCGAGUCCCUUUCGCCGCGAUAAUUGGUUCUCUAAGUCUCUUUUCCUGUCUUUCUCUCUUUCUCUCUUUCUUUCUAUAUCUCUAUCUCUGUUCCACUUUCUUUCUCCGUAUCCGCGAAUCUCUGUCUAUCUCUGUCCGUUACGAUAAACUCUCUCGGGGAUAGGAAGCUUCUUCGGGUUCAUAUUCGGGUUCACACCGAAUUCGUUGACCAGUGUUCGCGAACUAGUUUAGAUAUCGCAUCCGGUUGAUGGUAGUUUUAAGGUCGGCCUGGCUCUGAUGGUUAUGACGUGCAUAAUUGUUAGGUAUCUCGUGUAAUGAUAUUCAUUUUGGUUAUCUAUUUAUAAUACGCGCUAAGAGACCUAUUUUCGAGAAUCCCUUUGUUCGAGUUUCGCGAUUUUAAGGGCUGAUUGUAGCAAGUAUAGUAUAGACCAGCGGAGAGACCCAGCGGAGAAAUUAACGAGUGUUCCCCAACUCGCAGACUGCCUAAAGCUCAAGAAACGACACCGUGUACGAUGUAUUAAAACGUUUCGAUGUCUGGAUCUCUCGAUAGCGAAUUUAAACAACGAUUCUUUUCGAGCGAUUUUCACCGAGCCAAAUAAUCGAGCCUCUCAGCCAUCGCCGACCGAAUCGACUCGCCUACUUUUAUAGCCGCGGAUAAAAUGAAAGUUUUGCUGUAGCAUCAACAACGGGUCCAAUCCUCUUCCCGAUUGACUGUGUCUUCUUACCGAGAAAAAAAAGAAACAAUUAGCAAAAGGGGAACUCUAUGUACACGCCAACAUCAAACACUUACACACACAUACACACGCACACACGCACACACGCACACACACACGUACAUAUAGAAAGGAGAUCGAUCCAAUGUUUCCAUGGUGAUUAAAAAAAAAAAAAGAGCGAAUACACAAUGAGCGAACGAGAGAGAGGGACUCACGGACGCGAGCGUCCUCUUCCAAAUCGCUGCGAGCUGCUCCCCUGCCCAACUUGCGUGCCUGAAAACUUUUUUCUUAAUAUUUAAAUAUAUAUUCGACACACACACACACACGAACUCCAUCUUAUCUCUGUAUACCUCGUGAAUUAAGAAAAAAAAAAAAGAAAAAAAAAGAAAAAAAGAGAAAAAAUACGAAAGGGAAAAAACAGGUGGAAAAAAGAAGAAGAAAAAGAAGAAGAAAAGGGACAGGUAUAAGGUGUGUUUUAUACAUUACGAGGGAAACGUGCGUGUGGAGAACGUCUCCCCUCGACGAGGACAACAAGAGUGGCUUUUGAGCUGGACGAGCGCACAGAAAAAAAAAAAACGUUUUCGAACGCGUUUAUAAGGAGAUUAAAAUAUUAAUGUUAUUAGGAAAAGAGAUAAAAUACGCGGCACACUGUGUUCGUUACGCGAAUUUUCGUUUCCGCUUCGGAUCGCGUGCGAGGGGAUGGAAGAGAUAGCGUGGAAAAUAUUUUACGAAUAUUUUAGAAAACGAUAUCGACACACUAUCGAAUAGAUUUUCAAACAACAAAUUUUUUUAAUCGUACGAGAAAUCGUUCCGAACACACACGCUGCUCCACUUAUCUCGCUAUCUUCUCCUAUCCGCGAGCUGAUUCUUACUUCGUUUCCUGCUGAUAGAGGGAAAAAAACAUAUUUACUAUUUUCGGAGCUGUGAUUAUAAUAACGUCGCAAGUUUAUUAAGUACAAUCACGUGGUGGCGUAUCAUGGCGUGAAGUUAUUAAUUAACUCAUCAACCCUCGUAGAAAACGUAUUUAUACUCCAAGGGAAAAAAACUUUUAAAGAGAGAUUUCAUAAUGAAUUGUUUUGUUUCGAGGGAAAUAUGUUUCGUUGAAAUUGGCCGUUUAUCCCCUCCGAUUCACUAAUUCCCUCCCACUCUUGUUAUUAUUAAUAUUAAGUAGACCGCGUAUACCAUCUCGUGAUUGUAUUUGGCGAUAUAACUUUCUAAAAGACAAGUGAACACGAAGGGAAGAGAGAAAAAAAAACCAGGUCGAUCAAGUGGAUGAAGGUUAUUCGAGGACAAAGAAUUUCACCGCACCCUCCCCCCGAAUUACGCUGGACGAGCUUGAGGGGCCAUCAACAGAGACCACGAAGCAAACGUCCGGAUGGUCUGCAUGGAAGGAGAACGCAAAGUGAUCUUAUCUGCUUUAACGUCCGUAGGUUACAUAAGAUAUUAUAUUGUUAGCGUAUAUCAAGUGUAUGGGGUACAAAGGUCGUACCUACGAGAGAGGGAGAAAAAAAAUUUUUUUUUUUUAUAAAACGGUCUACGCACGAUGGUGAACACGUGUACGUGUGUAUGUGUAUGUGUGUGAGUGUGAGCGUACGAUGGUCUAACCAUGGUAAAUAUUGAUUUUAUCGAAAAUUAUUGCCGACGAAAAUGAUGCAGCUCAAAGGGGAUGCGACCCUGUCGUCUUGUUUCGAAGGGAUGGCUCGGAAGGGAAGUAGUCUGUUUUUCUUAAAUGAGAGGUAUGAUAAAAAAAAACAGAAGAUAUAUUUGAUAAAAAAAUUCGACCAUGAAACGAUCUAACUUGAUUUAACGUAACUGCGUUAUAAACACAAACGAGUUUUUGGUAUAUGUAAUGUUCUCUCUUUUUUUUUCUUUUCUUUUUUGUUCUUAAACAUUUGAAAACAUUGGCGUCAGAAAAACUGUUAUCAGAUGUGUUCAGAAAUUUUUCGAAGUGUUCCAGAAAGUAUCCAGAAAGUGUUCCGUCACCUCUUUUUCGAUCGAGGAAAAGAUGUUAGCAAUUUUUCUCGUUAGAGACGAAAUAAAUUUUUACGAGAAAAUAAUUACGAGCCAAUAAUCAUGGCGACAAAUGUUUAAAACAUAGAUCGAAGAUUUGCGAAUAACGAAAUCAAAAUUUUAAAUACGUUAUUGAAAUUUUUUGGUUAUGGAAAUAAAUAUAUUUCCUUUGAAUUGUAUUAUUUUCGAUUCAAUAUUUUAGAGAAUUGAUAUUUGUAAGAUCGUAUAAUUGGGCUAAUUCAUGCACCCAAUAGAAAUCAUCGCCAGAUAGGAUUAUUUGAACAAAAGUACGACUUGAGAACGAAAUUUGUAACGAGACUGAAUGAAAAGACACUUGAAACAGGAAGUCGUAAGUUAUCUUACAGAAAACCUUCAACAUUUCUGUGUAUUCCAUUCCCAAACUUCCGUUUCUCAACCUUUAUGCUACGACGUUUUAUUAUGAUUGAACGCAUGCAUAUCCAUUCACUGCGAAAUUCAAUUUAAUCCUCGCCAUUAAAAUUUAACGUUCUUCACUGGAAGAAUCAACAACGCUAUAUUUAUUAUAUAUAUAUAUAUAUAUAUACGCCAUAAAUAACAUAAAAAAUACAAAAUGAAGAAUAAAAAAUUCUUUUUUUUAAAUUAGAAAAAAAUGACUAUACAGCAUAAAGGAUAAAGCACCAUAGUGUUCCUUGAAAUAUUUAAAAUUAGAAAUACUCUUCAAUAAUUUAUAAAAAUUCAUAGACAAAAAAAUAUCCUUAGCCAUUAAUCCAUUCCUCGGCUAAAAUUUCUUAUAAAAUUGAAGCUCCUGAAACAUAGUAAAAAAAAGAAAAAAAAAAAAAAGAUUACACGAAUAUAAUAAAGUUAAAAACACCAUAGUGUUCCUCGAAAUAUUUUGUAUUAAAGCAUCUAAAUAACCAUCACUCCCAUAAAACCCUAUAAAAAAAAUCUAAUCCUCUUCUCAACUAAUGCAUACGAGUCAUUUAGAGUGAGGAUGAACUCAACAAAAAUAUAUUUAUAAAAAAAAAACCAAAAACAAUUUUUCUUUCCCAAUAAAAUCUUAAUUUAUAUUUAAAAAAGAAAUUUAUAAUGGAUAUUACGGAUAGUAACGUAGUGUAAAAUAAAAAAUUGUUGACAAAACGUUGAAUUCACUCUUAAUACUUCCCUUAAAUACUAUCCUCGCGCAUCCUACAUUCUGAUUUACCACUUCCUGUUCAAGUGACAAUUUUCACCGAUACCGAGAGGCGCAGACGCCCUUCUUCGCGUGUAUUCAUUGCGUGUGACCGUGAAAAUUGUGCGGGUUCGAACGGAAAUUCACGCCAUCUCGAUCUUAUCACGGUCAUCCAUCGAGGAAUGGCCGAAUUUCCGAUCGCGUGACGUUCGAUCAAGUCGGUCAAGUUUGCGAAUGCGAUCACACCGAUAUCUCUCGAUAACGAGACGGUUACGGACGCGUUGCGUCCACGAAUCGAGUUAAUUAAGGCUAAACGUUGACGUUGAGUACGUGAUCGGGGGGUUAAAAAACGAGGGAAGACAUGUUAACGAGCUGCGUCGUCGAAAUUAAUCGCGUCACGCGAUUCAUUUCUUCGAUUUUUAUCAGCUGUACACAUUAUACACAUGAAUAUGUAUACAGAGGAAUGGUAACAUCAUCGGUCGUAGCGAUGGAAUCGGAAUUGUUGGAAUAUUUUGUACAAAAGUAUCUGCAAUAUUUAGUAUAACAAUAUAACAGAUAUAAGAAAUUUGUUACUCCUCUUUUGUUAAUCCUCUUCUCUUAAAGCCAUGUUACUUUGAUGUAGUCUUGUUUGGCAGUUUGUUUCCCUUUAAUUAAUAUAGUUUACGUUUCUCACUUCAGAAUAUUGAUCAAAAUUUGUUUCGAGCGCUAUUUCUUCACCAUUUCUAUUAUUGAAAAUUAUUCCAUCGCUGCGUAUCGUACGAAGACACGCGGAAACAAGAAUACGAAUAUACCUAUAAAAAAAAAUAUAAGACAGUGUUAUUAUUAUAUUAUGGAUACUUCGCGACGCAUUGUUUCGUAAUAUAUUGUUGAUUUCGCGCGAUUAUCGGCGAUGCUGUUACGAUUGUUCGAGGCACUCCGUGUCCAGAGAUCGGUUCUAUCCAAUGUGAUCAAUCCCGAAGAUGUUCACGCCUUCGAGAAACGAAAACAUACAGUGCGACGACAUACACACGUUAUACACACGUGAAACGAGUGUGAAAAGGAUAAAGGAGAAGAAGACUGGAAUAGCGAUAAGAUCAAUCGACUCGCAGGGGGAAAAAUUAUAGGAGGGAAUUUUGAAGAUCGAGAUUUUUUUGUGGGCGGAUCAACGAACUGGAAAGAAAGAAGGAGGGAAGAAAAGGAUCACUUGGCUAAUCUUGGCCGUUGUUCCAACAAGAAGAAGAAGAAAAAAACGCGCACACAUUCAUUUUACAUUCGCGAAAGAACAAAAGAUUGUUUGUUAAUAUAGGGAGGAAAGGGAAGGCUCGUUUCUCUGCCCUCAGAAGUAAUCGAGCAUUCAUUUCCGCUGAAACAUUGGGACCUGGUGUGUCUUGUCCGUGUCAUUGUUUCAUUUCGAAAGCGUUGUUUCGCGGCCACUCCGAAACGCGAAACGGGACCAAAGAAACAAAAAAAAAAAAAAGAAAAAAAGAAGAAGAAAAAAAAGACACAUAAUAAAACAUUCUCAUUCCCCUUCCGUCUUCUAUCCUCUUUUCUGGCCGCCUCCACGAACAAUUUCUCUUUCUUUUUUCUAACGUUCCUAUCUUCUUCUUAAACCCAAGAUGUCCUAUGUUACCUUACGUAAUCCUCCUUUCUCUCCAUUCUUCUAUUUCAUCUUCUGUUCUCCUAUUCAUGCCUAUCUUUCUUCCUAUUUCUGCCUCUCUUUUUCUACUUCUCUGUCGCGGCUCAACGAUAUUUUCCUGGACACGACGACUCCACACGAUAUUUUUAUAUAGAUUUCUUAAAAGUGCAUUAUAGUGCCAGAAAGACCACGCCAAGUUUAAGAGGAAAAAAAUAUAUGUAUAUAUAUAUAUAUAAAAAACGAAAAAAAAUUAAAAAUACACAUGCAGUCUCAAUAUUAUUGAUGCAUUAGGCAGAUAGGAGACCGAGAUUCUAUUAAGUAUUAUAAUGUAUGAAACACGGGCUCUUGUAUGGAUGGGUGAUCGUCGACGUUAUCGACGAGACGGUGCAUUGGGGGACACGUAUGAGACAGGUUCAAUGGAAUGGAAUGAUCGAAGAAUUAAUAUCGAUACUUAUAAAAGAUUGAAGAUCGAGAUACAUUACUCGAUCAAGAAACUUGCAUUGAGAAUUUUCGAUUGAGAAUUCUCGAGAGGUUGUUUCGCGCUGACAAAAUCAAGAGUAUCGAAGAAUUAAAAUUAGACUGGCGAGCAUAAGAUUGUAAAUCGUGAAGUAGCCUCCUACUAGUAGACACAUCGAGCAGAGCAGAUAAAGAAUCGUGAAGACGAGGGUUCAAUCGUGACCACAGUAUCUUUGGAAGCAAAUGAUAUUUAAACAACUCCAAUGCCGUUUUUUUUUCAAGCUGCCGCAGAGAAAAAGGAAGGAAAUGUUAUUACAUGUUGCUUCGUCCAAUCAUUCGUAAUCGUUAACAUCCUUUUUUUGAAAGCUAUGUUGCACAUUACCGACGAGAAUAUGGGAUACAAGAUCCUUCCAUUUUAUUUCAACGAGAAAUACCUCUCCAAAAAUCGAACGACCUAACGUCUGAAAUAUAACAAUAAUCGAGUUAACAGAAGGAUAAUAAAGAGGGAACAGAGAAAGGAUACGGAAGAAUCGUGGAAAUGAAUUUCUUGCGAGAAGCAGGUAGACAUAUCCUCAUAACAAAGGUUCGUUUUCGUGAGAAGAAUGGAUAGAGAAAAAUGCAUAAAGAAGAAUCGUCCCAGUGUGAUAAUCAAUGAAAAGGACUUUAAAUCGGCGAUCUAUAUAUUGCCCGAGUGAAAUUGUUUCAUUCGAUGACUCUUCUUCAUACGUUCAUACACACAAAUAACUAUACCGCGUGUGCAUAUAGGACGAAUUCAUCUUUGUCAUCAUCCGAAAUAUUUUCGUUAUUUUGAACAAUAUUGACGAAAAUAGCCUAGCCUGACGAGUACUGUUUAAAAAAAAAAAAAACGAUCGACAAGGAUCCCAAUCUUUCUUUUUCUCUAAAAUAGAAAAUUUUUUAAUCGAGGGAUUAAUCGUUCGAACAACUAUUUCGAUCGUAUUGGUCAGAGUAACACGAAAUAUUUUCAAAGUGACAAAGUGCUCCUACCCCGUCGCAAAUAUGCCGAGAUUGAUUUGUAUGUUUAUACCUGUAAAUAUGUGUAUACUAUAUUGUGUAAUAUACACGAUAUUAUAGUAUAUAGUGUAUAUAUAUAUAUAUAUAUAUACGAAACGUGUAUUAUGGCCUUUGUUUCAUGCAGAGUUUAUAUACGUACGUUUUAAGGAAACGAGGAGGACGCUUUUGUGUUCAGGGACGCGCAAGUUCUCCGACAUACACGAACGUGUAAAAAAAAAAGGAUCGUCGUCAAAUUUUGCGCCCGUCGAGAGUGUCUCGUGAAUGUUUAAAUGUUGUGUACUUUACAUGUGUACAUAUGUAUUUUGUACGUUCGAUGAGCUCGAGAAUAAUUGGGCGCAAAGUGUGAUCGAAUCCCCUGGGAGAAGAUUUUUGAGGGUGGUUCUCCCCUGUUGAUGAUAAUUCCUUGCGUGUCGAAAUUUUUGGAUAUCGAUCGAAUGGAAUAAUGCAAACGGAAAAUAUAUUUUAUAUUUUCUUUUCGUUGAUAGAAAGGACUAAAAAUAUAUAUAUAUAUAUUGCAUUUCUUCUUUAUUGAAACCUUUGAACAGCAUUGAAACUAUUCCAAAUUUUGAGUAUAAUUCGUAUUGAAAAAUAUUCUCCAUUUAAAUUAAAUCUUUGAAAAAGAAACGAUGCAGAGAAAAUAUUUUUAAAUUCGAAUUGAAUAUCGAUAAAAUAAUUUUUCAAAAAAGAAAAAGAAAAAGAAAUACUUGCGUUAUUCCAACCGAUCGACGUUUCGAGCCUGUGCUACAGAAAAAAUAAAAAUCGCGCUAUGUUCAACGCUGCGCACCGUAUAACACAAUGGAGCGCGUUCUCGUGUACCUCGGAAAAUACGAGAAUAACCGAUUGCACUCGGUUGCGAUGUACUGCGCAAUAUGCACGGGGAGUGCGUAACUGCCGCCUUCAUUCCGUGAAAUCGUUCGUGCCCGUCAACGCUGACAGUCGUGAAAACGCGUCGUGAUUCGAAAAAAAAUGAAAAAAAAAAAAAACAAAAACAAAAAAAAGAAGAAAAAAAUAAAUAAAAGAGGAACAAGAAAAAAACGCGCACACGAACAUCGGAAUCUACCCAUGAAAUACACACACACACAUACAUACACACACACAUACAAAUCGCGCUGUGAAAGAAAAAAAAAAAAGAAGAAAAAGGUCAGGCGUAAUCGGAACGUAGGCUAAAUCGGACUAUAUCUUUGUACAUAAAUGUAGUUGAACAGAGACAGAGUUGUUUCCACGUUGACCCUCGUAUACUUUCUUCCUUCCUGUUACGAUUAAUUAGCUAAACUUUCGAUCGAUGGGCCGACGGAUCGACGAUGCAGUCGAAGAUGGAGGGGAGGGGGAGGGAGAAACAAAUUCUCGAUCAAGGGAUUGGAAGACGUAGGAUGUUGACACUUGACACGCGUAAGACAGUGUGACAGCGCGGAUAUCCGCACGAAAAUCGCAAAAUGAUUGCGAUCGAUCGUCUUGUACGGAAAAUAAAUGAGAAGGGGAGGAGGGAAAUAGAAGGGGAAAGGUGGGAAGAGGGGUAAAAGAGAAGGACGAUAAAUAACGAAGAAAACAUAAAUCGGAGAAAUCGAUUUCUCCGUUCGAUUUAUACGAGAAUUACCACGUUAUUAAUACAUAUUGGUCAUUUAUUACUGUUGUUAUUAUUACGGAUGAUUAUUAUGAUUAUUACGGAUUAUUAUGAUUAUUAUGAUGAAUAACGGUAGCGUUUAAACAGUUUUAAACUCUCAAACACUUUAUUAAGAUCUUUACCAAAUAUUAACUAGCGGGCUGUCGCCAUCUAACUGUUACAUAAAAUGACCAACAAAUUACUAAGUAACGUAAUACCUAUUAAUCUAUAUAGGAUGAUCUAGCGACCACGAGUUAAAGGGAAACAGUCUUUUUUAAUGAGCUCUCUAUUCAUCUAUCUAAUCUAUCUAUCUAUCUAUCUCUUUCUCCCUAUUUCUCUAUUUCUCUUAUACUAUUUAUAACAUACCGUUGACAGGAGACACAAAAGAUGAAGCAAUAUGGAAAUAUGCUAAAUACUUUUAGUUUCACGAAAAUUGUUCACGAUUUUAAAAUCAUCAUUCACUAAUGAUUAUCACACUCAUUUAUCAUGCAUACUCAUCGUCACAUAUGUUGAAUUGAAACAAAAAACAUUUGCGUCUGACUUGAAAAUGAUAUUUCGAUAAUCGUCUCGUCAUAAUUGAUAAAUGCAGUUUUAUUUAGACUAAACGAUCUUCAUUGAUCGAUGUUAGGCUCUAAUAAUCGAAAAUUAUCGAUAGUUGGUGUAUCGAACGGAUGGUGCAUUGAAAGAGAUUUAUACUAAUCGCUCAAUUGUUUACAACGAAUCGGUUUUAUGAACUUUUAACUUCAUAUACCUCAUCGUUCUAAUCAUUAUCAUAAAAAAUUCAUUAUUAACAUAUAAUAAAGAAAAAUAGAAAAAAGCAAAUUAACAAGUAAAAUAAAAUUGAAAAAAUUAAAAAUAUCUGAAAAUUUCUUUCUAAACGUUUCUUUUUUUUUUAUAUAUAUAAUAUUAAUAUUAUUAGAAAAUUGCAUUUACUCAAAUUGAUCGAAUUUUAUGACACGAUUUAUAAUAUUUUCUUUCACUUACCAUUAUCGACGUUUUCAGAAAGUAUCCAAGACAAUUUGCUUUCACAAUAGCUGCGUCGAUAUUUUAAUCUAACUAGUCGAUGAACAGCAUUUUUAUUCACAAUGCGAUUCGAUUGUUUUUACGUAAAUCUAAUGCGAGUGUCGUUGACAUUGCAAUUGUGCAAGCUGAUUACGUAAGUUCACGAAGACUUUUCUUCGCAGACAGUCUUUGGAGUAUGGAAAAUCACUGAAACAAAACAAUCUCUAUAAUUCCGCGACGAUUGUUCAAAUUCAAUUGAACGGAAAACACGUAAAACUACUUCGUCAAAUUUUAUUUGCGGAAUAAUAUACUUGAAUUUACAUUUAUUACGUAGGAUAGAAUGAACGUAUUUACGUCACAAAAAAAAUAAUUCCAUAAAAUUAAAAGUAUUUUCAAACCUUAUUUAUUUAUUAAAGAGGAAACUUAGUCAUUGUAAAAAUUAGAAAAGAAUUUAAAUUCAUAUUUUUCAUAAAAUGAAUUUUAAAAAAUUUUAUUUAUUCAAUAGUGAAUUAAAAAUAUUUUUAAAUUUAUUUAUUAUUAAUCAUUGUAAAAAAAUCAUAAAAUCUUUUCUGAUUAAAAAAAUUUUAACACGACGAAUAUAUUUAACAUCUACGUAUAUUUUUUACGAGAAAAAUAAAAAUUUGUUCACUCAAUCUCUUAUUCAAUCAUUCUUUUCGAGUUAGAUAAAACGAAGAAGAGAUACUUGGCAUCACUUUUACACUUUUUUCGUGAAUGUGAAGUUUUCCAAAAUAGAACUCUCGAUACCAGGCUACAUCUUAUGUGUAUCCUUUCAAUGUGACAGCCCAUCGGAAAAGUUCUAUAUAGAUAACGAAAGAGAAGUAACCCACAGGGUGUCGCGUUAGCACUUGUACAUUAUUGGACGAUGGCUGGUGAUGAAAAAGCAUGUAAUGCUUGCUCAACUGCGAAACAAAAAAAAAAAAUUGUAAAUCUUUGGGUCGUUCAUUUCCCAAAUGUUCGGUGCGUCCACCGUAAUUUAGAGAAGCCGAGAAGAAAUCUAUAUAUUUCUUGCUAAUUUUCUAUCGAAAAACUUGUUCAAAAUACCGUUGUUACGCAAGAUACCGAUUGUAAAAAAAAAAAGAAAAAAAAAAAGAAAAAUAAAAUAAAUAAACGAACAAUCGCGACGGGAGAAUAAAGUGAGAGCUAGAUAGAAAAAACUUUUUAGAAGAGAAUAAAACUUAGCGACGCGAUAAUUGAAAGGGCCAGCGACUUUGUAGCCAAAUAUAUAAUAACGAAAUUUAUCGAGUGAAUGAGAAAAAUAAAAAAAAAUAAAUAAAUAAAAAUAAAAAAAAAUUUUAAACAGACGAUCGCACCGCCUGUAUUCCAAAAAACAUAAAAAAACUCUAGGCUUUUGUUUCGAAUUUGUUUUUCCACGAGUUCGAUUUUCCAUUGUGUUUCAUAGGAUUCUUUGUACCUAAUACCUAUAUGACUGAGUAAAUUUUAGAAGCUUCACCAUUGGAAAAUGGACGAUUCACAUAUAGAAUGUAACAUCGUGGUGAAUGGAACGAGAUCGAUUGAACGAAUAAAAAAAAAAAUGGUACCUCUGUUGUACUCUGUUACGGCGUGAAACGUGCAAUGAUGCAGAGUAAUUUCUUGAAAAAUUUCAAAGAAAAAUUGCAUCGGUGAUACGAAGGGCAAAUUGCAGAAAAAAUUUUUUUUUUUCUAAAAUAUCGAAAUAUCUAAAUUUGAUUUAGCAGUAUCAAUAUUAAAAAAAAAUAUUUUAUGUUAUAACUUUAUAAAUGAAAUCUAAAAUUAAAUAAUAUUUAUCAUUAUUGUCCAUCUAAUUAUUUUUAUAUAUAGAUUAUUUUACUUUAUUGAUUAAAUUUGAUAGCGAUAAUUUCAUUUUUUAUUUGUAUAAUUCCAUUUUUACUUCAUUCCCUUAAUCACCGAUUCAAUUAACGCGGAUGAUAGCGCUCGUUCUAUAGAAGAGAUCAUAAAUGAGGAUGGAAUUUAUAAUUUUAUCAAAUUCACGAGUUUUAUAAAAUGUAAAAAUGUAAAAAUGUGAAAAUGGGCGAACGCUAUCGUCGCGCGAUGAAUAAAUUUAAAAACAAUUCCCACGCAACGAAUCUUGAAAGUAGUCAAUAUCUAAUCAAUUCCGAAGAUACCGUAGCGGUAGAUGAUUUAAGAAAACAAAAAAAAAACGAAAAAAAAAUGGUGAAAAAAAAAGAGAAACCAGUGUAAACAAGUAAUGCCAAUAAUGUUGAAUAAAGAAUGGAAAAAGACAGGAAACAUUUAUAAAGCGAAUGAUGAAGAAUCUUCCAUUAGAUUGAAUAUCAUUAUGGAGCAUCGAGAUUGUAAAAAAAAGAAAAAAAAAUGAAUAGAACGAACUGGUGUUGUUAUUCCGAAACAUACGAGUAACGAUUAAAACGAUGCGAGGUGUAUAUAUAUAUACGUAUUAUUAUAUAAUUAAAUAUAGCGAUGAGAAGACAAAGAAACAAACAAAAAAAUGUAGCACAUAUUUUUAAAGAGGAAAAAUAAAAAAAAAAGAAAAGAAAUGAAUACUGUGUUUAACGAAACGAGUCGUGUUUGAGUCGAGUGGACUUGUGCAUGAGGUGCUAAUCACGGCGCUAAUAAGUUAAAGAAAGAGAAAGAAUAAACCUUAUUAAUCAUAGGCGAAUUAAUUAAUAUCAAACGAAGCACCAGUCGAUAAAACUUUAAUCGUAGCGUGUAUUUUCGAGGAACGCUGCUAAGAAAGAAAAAAAAAACGAUCUUCGAUCCUUUACGAAGGGAUAGGAGUAUAAUGACUAAUAAUGUUUAUGAACCAAUGCAUUUUCAUGCCGAAAAACAAAUAAAAUUUGCAAGUCGAA